UCGCUCGCCCGCACUUCCCUUCGUCGAUCUUGCAUCUCGUUCUGCGCUCGCCCUUGACCUCAGUUCUCUUGAUAGCGAUUCCGAUGGCGCCCAAGGCUGAGAAGAAGCCGGCGGAGAAGAAGCCUGCCGCCGAGAAGUCGGCGGAGGACAAAGAGAAGAAGACGGUGGGCGAGAAAGCCCCUGCCGAGAAGAAACCCAAGGGCGAGAAGCGCCUUCCAUCCAAAGAGGGGGCCGCCGGCGACAAGAAAAGGAAGAAGAAGGCGAAGAAGAGCAGCGAGACGUACAAGAUCUACAUCUUCAAGGUGUUGAAGCAGGUCCAUCCGGACAUCGGCAUCUCCAGCAAGGCCAUGGGCAUCAUGAACUCCUUCAUCAACGACAUCUUUGAGAAGCUCGCCCAGGAGGCGUCCCGCUUGGCCCGCUACAACAAGAAGCCGACCAUCACCUCCCGGGAGAUCCAGACCUCCGUUCGCCUCGUCCUCCCUGGCGAGCUAGCUAAGCACGCCGUCUCGGAGGGUACCAAGGCCGUCACUAAGUUCACCAGUUCUUGAAUGUUGAAAUCAGGGAUGGUUGGGGGUGGUGAUACGAUGUAACUUUUAGGGUUUUGAUGCAUUGCUGUUAGGGUUCUGCGUGAUGACUUGUCAAUUAGGCUUCUUGUAAAUUGCUUUGCUUAAUAUCAGAUGAUGGUUUCUCGGUAUUUCA